ACGCGCGAACAGACCUAAUGCUGGAGUAAUUUUUGGGAUAAAUUUAUUUAUGCAUCUACGAAUACAAAUCUUGUAUUGUUUUGAUAAGAUUUUCUAAUAUAUUAGAUAUCGCUGCAACUUUUCGAUAAAUAGCCUGAUUGCAACAUAAUAAUGCAAAUCUAAGACGAAUCGAGCUUUGUAUAUCAAUACAGUAAAGAAAAAUAUACAAGAUGACUUCUAUUAUAAAAUUACACGCUGUUUCUGGGGCGAUGGACGAAUCUCCACCUUGUUACAUAUUACAAGUUGAUGAAUUGAGGAUAUUAUUGGACUGUGGCUGGGAUGAAAACUUUGAUCAGGAUUUCAUUAGAGAAUUAAAAAGACAUGUCAAUCAAAUAGAUGCAGUAUUACUUUCGUACCCCGAUCCAUUACAUUUAGGUGCGUUACCAUAUCUGGUAGGCAAAUGUGGCCUGAAUUGUCCCAUAUAUGCCACCAUUCCUGUUUACAAAAUGGGUCAAAUGUUUAUGUAUGACAUGUACCAGUCCCGUCAUAAUAUGGAAGAUUUUGAUUUAUUUACUCUGGACGAUGUCGAUGCUGCAUUUGAUAAAAUUGUACAGUUGAAAUACAAUCAAAGUAUAUCGAUGAAAGGAAAAGGCUAUGGUGUUACACUGACACCUUUGCCAGCAGGACACAUGAUUGGUGGAACAAUCUGGAAAAUUGUGAAGGUUGGAGAAGAGGACAUAAUAUAUGCUGUUGAUUUCAAUCAUAAAAAGGAACGUCAUUUGAACGGUUGUGAAUUGGAGAGAUUGCAAAGACCAUCAUUGUUGAUAACAGAUGCAUUCAAUGCCACAUAUCAGCAAGCUAGGCGAAGAACAAGAGAUGAGAAGUUGAUGACUAAUAUCUUACAAACAUUGCGAGGUGGCGGCAAUGUAUUAGUUAGUGUAGACACUGCUGGCCGUGUCUUGGAAUUGGCACACAUGUUGGAUCAGCUCUGGCGUAAUAAGGAAUCAGGAUUACUUGCUUAUUCAUUAGCUCUUCUUAAUAAUGUGAGCUAUAACGUUGUAGAAUUUGCAAAAUCGCAAAUCGAAUGGAUGAGUGAUAAGUUAAUGAGAAGCUUUGAAGGCGCACGCAACAAUCCAUUUCAGUUUAAACAUUUGCAACUCUGUCACAGUAUGGUUGAACUAAAUCAAGUUCCAAGUCCAAAGGUAGUCCUUGCAAGCACUCCAGACAUGGAAUGUGGAUUUUCCCGAGAAUUAUUUCUCCAGUGGUGUACUAAUCCACAAAACAGUAUUAUAUUAACAAGUAGAACCUCUCCUGGUACACUUGCUAGAGAUUUAGUGGAAAAAGGAGGAAAUCGAAACAUUAUCCUGGAAGUAAGGAGACGAGUGAAACUCGAAGGUAUUGAACUGGAGGAGUAUCAGAGAAGAGAAAAGCUAAAGCAAGAGCAAAUGAAACAGGAACAAAUGGAAACUGCAGACGUGAGCUCCGAAUCAGAAGAUGAAAUAGAAGUUGGUGGUGCGAGGGGAAAACACGAUUUACUGGUGAAGCAAGAGAGCAAGCCUGGUUUCUUUAAACAAAGUAAAAAGCAAUAUCCCAUGUUUCCAUUUGUGGAGGAGAAGAUCAAAAUAGAUGAAUAUGGAGAAAUUAUAAAACCAGAAGAUUAUAAGAUAGCAGAGACAGCACCUGAAGUGGAGGAUAAUAAGGAAAACAUCGAAACGAAACAGGAAGAAGCCAAUCAUCAUCCAGAAAUAGCCGCAGACAUUCCGACAAAAUGUGUGCAAGUUUCACGUACGAUGACUGUUAAUGCGGCGGUGACUUACAUAGACUUCGAAGGUAGAUCUGACGGAGAGUCCCUGCAAAAGAUUUUAGCACAGUUAAGACCAAGGAGAGUAGUCUUGGUCAGAGGUUCGCCUAAAGAUACCGAGAUUCUAGCUCAACAGGCGCAAAGUGCCGGUGCGAGAGUAUUUAUUCCAGGCAGAGGAGAGACGUUGGACGCCACAACGGAAACACACAUUUAUCAAGUACGUUUGACAGAUGCUCUAGUCAGUGGACUGAAUUUUUCGAAGGGUAAGGGCGAUUCCGAAGUGGCCUGGAUAGAUGCAAUGAUAACAGCGCGAGAUCAAAUUUGUCGAGACGCUGUCGCCGAUACCGAAUCCGAAAACACGAUCAUUGAAAGUGACAAAAUAUUAACUUUGGAACCCUUGCCAUUGAACGAAGUUCCAGGUCAUCAAACAACAUUCAUAAAUGAACUAAAAUUAUCUGACUUCAAACAAGUUUUAAAUAAAAGUAACAUUCCAUCAGAAUUUAGUGGAGGAGUGUUAUGGUGUUGUAAUAACACUAUCGCCGUUCGAAGGCAUGAAGCUGGAAAAGUCAUAUUGGAAGGUUGCUUAUCUGAAGAUUAUUACAAAGUACGAGAACUAUUGUAUGAACAAUAUGCAAUUGUAUAGAUUCUUAUCCAACGUAUGUAUGCAUAUAAGGAGAGACUAUGUAUUUGUAAUAUGUAAGUGGCUCGAAAAAUUAUCCAACAUUAUAUAAUAUAGGAGUUACCAAUAUGAUAAUUUAUGGAUGGAGUCACACUUGAAGAUUAGCCUGAUUUCUUUUCUAAUUUUUAAAUAAAUUAU